AUGAGGAAUCACACAGAGCUGAAUGAGUUCAUUCUCCUGGGGAUCCCUCAGACAGAGGGACUGGAGACUGUGCUCUUUGUCGUCUUCUCAUUCAUUUACCUCUUCACCCUGCUUGGCAAUGUGCUCAUCCUGACAGCGAUUGUUUCUUCCCCCACCCUUCACACCCCCAUGUAUUUCUUCCUGGGACUCCUAUCUAUUUUUGACAUGUGCUUCCCAUCUGUGACCUGUCCCAAGAUGCUAUGCUCUCUCUCUGGCCUGAGCCAAGCCAUUUCUUACAAGGGAUGUGCUGCACAGCUCUUCUUCUAUCAUUUCCUGGGUUCUGCCGAAGGCUGCCUCUAUUCUGUGAUGGCGUACGAUCGCUUUGUUGCCAUCUGUCACCCACUGAGGUACAAGCUCAUCAUCCGACCCGGAGUCUGUGUCGGCUUGGUCAUGACAGCCGGGUUGGUGGGCUGCCUUUUGGCCACUGUCCUGACCUCCUUCACCUUUCAGUUAACCUACUGUGGCACCAAUCGGGUGGACUACUUCUUCUGUGACCUUCCUGCUGUCUUACCCCUGGCUUGUGCAUACAGCUCCCUGGCCCAGAGGGUGGGCUCCACUAAUGUUGUCUUUCUGGCUUUAAUGCUUUGGCUCAGUGUUUGUAUCUCCUACACCCGCAUUGGCGUUGCCAUUUUGAGAAUCCGAUCAGCGGAGGGCAGGCAGAAGGCUUUCUCUACCUGCGGUGCCCACCUCACUGCCAUCCUCUGUGCCUAUGGACCCGUAAUCAUCAUCUUUCUGCAGCCCUCACCCAAGCCCUUGCUCGGUGCUGUGGUGCAAAUAUUAAAUAAUAUAGUCUCACCCAUGCUGAACUCGUUGAUCUAUUCCUUAAGGAACAGGGAAGUGAAAAGUUCUCUGAAAAGAGUGUUGCACAAUGUAAUACUUAAUUCUGUGAAUUAA